GGACAUGUAGGAAGUGGAACCUUUGGUUCUGUCACGAGUUGGUUCGAUCACAAGAAACUGAAACCUCAAUCCAAAUUUCCUCCCGGGAAAUGUUUUCCGUUUCUUCCGAGGACGACGAUGGAACGUUCUCACCACCGAUGAGUGGAAGUUCGUCGAAAUUGGCGUCUCUUUUUGGUCAAGACAGAGCUUCAUUUACUGGUGGAAAUGAGUCCCUAACCUACACCGCACCGAAGCAGCCCAAGAAAGAGAAACCAGCUGCACAAGCAUCAAGUGAUGCCCCAGCUGUUGUGUUCGCUGCCGCUGUGUAUGCUUACAAAUAUGUUAAUGGACAGCAUACAAGCCAAGGCAAGCUUGGGGCAGCUAUUUUGGCCAAUCACACUUCAUGUGAUUACAAGAUUCUACUCUAUGCAUCAAAGCAACAACAAGUCGCAACAUCACAAAUCCAUGCCCAGUUUGUCUUUACGGUACAAGACAACAAUUAUGCCAGUUUCUGUGAUGAUCAGCGCCAGCGAUGGUCCAUCUGUUUUGAUUCUGAGAAGAAUGCUAAUCGGUUUGCUAAGCAGAUUGGGUUGCUGACAUUCAAUUCUUCUCCAACAUCACUUAUAAUGCAGGAUCUUCACCCAGGAGAGGGCCAGGCUAUAGAAACUGGUGAUGCUGUGGAAGUCAAAUACACUGGCUGGCUUUUGGAAAAUGGGAAUUUUGGCAAGGUUUUUGACAGCAAUGCAGGAACAGACAAGACAUUCAAAUUCAAAACUGGCAAAGGCAAAGUUAUCAAGGGAUGGGAUCAGGGUGUUAUUGGAAUGAAGAAAGGAGGCAAAAGAUUUAUUGGCAUACCAGCAUCUCUUGCAUAUGCCUCAAAGGGAGUUCCAGGUCGGGUGCCUUCUGAAUCCCCGCUCCUUUUUGAAGUUGAAGUGCUAAGGAUCAAGUUUAAAGAUGGCAGUACUAGUGAAUCCUUGAACAGCUCCCGGACCGAAUCACCUGUUACAAUACAAGAACCAUCACCCAGCCCCUCGCCAGGAGCAUCAGGGCUGGGACUUCCAAACAUUACCGCUGAGCCAUCUGGGGUCAAGACAAGAUCAGAUUCUGCCUCAAGCUCAAGCAGCAUCAAAGGCAGAACCGCUUCUUUAUCAGAACAGCUUUCACAGGAUGGUAACGUGCCAGCUGACAGAAUCUUUGGAUCUAUUCAGUCACCAGGAAAGAACAGUGAUAAAGCCCGUCUGCUUGCCAGGAUGUCCAAGAUGGGAAAAAACGUCCUUACUAUUCCUGGAGCAGUGGCCGCCGAGGCUGAAGAAGAGGAAACUUUAGAGGAGGUGACCAGUCCAAGCGAAGAGCAGCCAGCUGAACCGACUCCAGAAGAACAUGUGGAACCUGAACCUACAUUGGCAACAGGUUCAUCAAAUCCUCAUCACCAUGGCAACCCCCAUCCUCAUGGAAACCCUCGUCCCAAGCCCCAGCUCCCCCAACGCCCCACACCCAUCCAGCCACACCCAGAGGUGCAACAGACAAUGGGUGCACAAUCAAUCAGACAAGGCCAGCAGCCUUUGCCGUCAUACUCAGCACCGCAGCAGCUUGCAGUUUAUCAGACGCCGCCCAUGUCAACGCAAGGUAUGGCUAUGCCGCCACAGUACUACCCGCAACCUCCAGUGUACCAGAGCCAAGUAUACACCCAGCCAGUGGCGCCAGCUCCUCCCCCUGUCAAUCAGCCAAGCACUAGUGACGCCAUGGUUCCUGUUCUGAUGGCAGAGACACGUCAGCAGCAGAGUGAAGUUCGCAUGGCAAUCAAUAAAGUCUCGGAGAAAGUGGACAAGAUGUUACAUAAGUUUGAUCGUCUUCAAGGUCCCUCCUCUCUUGUUCCCGCCUACCAACAACCGUCCGGCGCGGCCUUGGACCCUGCUACUUUACUCACCACCAUCACCCGGAUAGUACAGGAAAACGAGAAGCUUAAAACAGAGAACGUGGAGCAAAGCAAGAAGAUCGACGUUCUCAACGAGAAAGUCUCCGAUUUGCUGCAGAAGAAUCAGAGGUUUGUGGAGAAAAGCAAUCAGAUGAUGGAGCAAAGUAGCGACUCCCUCCAGCACAACUCAGCGGCCAACCAAGCCAGGUUAAUUACACUAGAGCAGGAGAAGAGCUCGAUAUCAUCGGAAGCAACUGUCCUCAAGACACAGCUGGCAAACGCUCAGACUGAGCUUCAGAGCUUACGGAAACAAGAGGCGGAAAUGCGAACAGUGAUGAACAAAGCUACUUCAGAGAGCGAGAGAUUUCGCGUAGAGCUUGAGAGCCUUAAAGAAUCACUUUCUGAGAGUCAACUUCACACAGAGAAACUAAAACAAGACCUGAAAGAGGAAAAACAGACAAGAAAGAGAGUCGAGAGCCGUGCUGACCAUGUAGAGGAAGAAAUGGCAGAUUUACAGCACGAGAAAGACAAACUUGAAAAGAGCGUUGCUGACCGCAAAAAGAAACACACCCAAGAUCGGCGGAAGUUUGAAGAAGAGCUAGAAGAGCUGAGAGCUCAACACGAGGAUGAGAUCAAGUCCCUCAAGGAGAAGCACCGGCGGGAGAAGAAAAACUCGGGAAGCGUCACUACUGAAGAGAUUUCCAAGAUGGAGAGCGAUCUGGAGACUCGAUGGACCGAGAAGGCGACAAAGAUGGUCUCUCAGGCCGUGGAGAAAUGGAAAAGGAAGUAUGAUGAUGUUAUCGAAGAACGAGACGAAGCCGCGAGGAAACUUACGACCUUGGAAGACAAGUUAAGCUCAUUGAAGUCCAUCGAAGAAAAGAAAAAUGAGGAAGUAAACAACUUGCAAGAGAAAAUUGACGAGCUGCAGAAUUUACAGGAAAAAUUUACCAGUGCAACGUCUACAGGACAAGAAAAAGACGUUGAGAUUGAGCGACUGAAGAUCGCGGUACAGGAACUCGAGGAGGCGAGAGAGAAGAUGAGAACCAAGACUCUGCAGAUGAAAACACAGUUCGAGGAACAACUUCAAGCAACCGAAGAGGAAAACGAGCAGGCCGUGUCGGAAUCUUACCAAAAAGGCUUAGCACAAGGUCGUGCCCAGGCCUCCAGGAGCCAGGCACCUUCCCAAGAUGUCGUCACUGAGGUGAAGAAAAUCAUGAAUAAUGUAUUCCACGAGCUGAAAGCUGAGUUUGCCGCGGACACGCAGUACACGGGCGCCGAGAUCAUGGCCGUCAUAUUACGAACUAUAAAGGAGAUGACCCUGAGGCUCAUUAACCCGAAUCCUGAAGAUGAAGGCGUCGACGAAGAAGAUGAUGACAAGGAUGAGGUUGACGAGGAAGAAGAGGAGGAAGAGGAAGACGAAGAGGAUGAAAAGGAAGAUGAGGACGAAGAGCAGGAAGAAGACGAAGUUCAUGAUAAGGACGAAGACAGCGAGGGUGAACGAGAACCUCAGAUAAAAGAUAACGGUGUAAGAAUAGAUACAGUAAAGGAUACUUUAAAUGAGCUCAAUGUAUGUCAAACGGAAGACUAUGUGGUCAAGCAAAAACAUGACAUCGCAGAUAAGGAUGAGGAUGAGGAGGAGGAGGAGGAGGCGGCGGGAGAAAAACACGAAAAUAAAAGCGAACUAAAGCAGUCUAAUACUGAUCAAAUCAAUAACGAAAACAUAAACGUUAAAUCUAAUACUGAUUCAUUAACUCGUGUUGACCAAGUUGUUCAUGAAGCUGAGUCAGAAGAUACUAAAACAUCAGAAGAUGUCGAACAUGUAACUAUAAUUGACGUAACAGAUGAUAAUCUACAAGAUGAGCAUUUAAAACAUGAGAGUGGAGAAGAUAAAGUUAUAGAAGCUGUAGAGGGAACUGAACAGUUAGAAACAGUAGAACAAUCACCGGAAAUCUUUGAUACUCCCGACCAAAGUAAGCACGACGAAGAGGUUACACGUGACCAAAGAGGAAGUGACGUCAGUAGUGAAAGUGACCAGGAGCAUGAAGGUCCCCCGCCAUUGGAUGACAAUGAAGAUGUUCAAUCUGCGCAUGAGCCAAGUGCAGAAACUGCUGACCCACCAAAGAACUUGUCUCCUUCAGAUGCAGUAGAUGCUUCUGAUAAGUUGAAAUCAUUGUUUGGAGAUGACAGCCAUGACGACGUCAAAGACAUCUUUGUCCCAAAGCCGAAGAUAGAUCUCACGGAUGAGCCCCCAUCCAAGCCAAUUCCUCCACCUUUAUUUGAUGACGAUGACGAGGAUGAUGACAUUGAUUGGUUCAAGUAACCGCGUGAACUUCUCCUCCGCUAGGAUCGUAAAGCAAGACAGUACACUUCUUCUAAGCUUGGUUGUGACUAGUUCAAGCAAGGCUAGUGUCACGCAUGGCUAUUGUCACGCAUGGCUAGUGUCACGCAUGGCUAGUGUCACGCAUGGCUAGUGUCACGCAUGGCUAGUGUCACGCAUGGCUAGUGUCACGCAUGGCUUGUGUCACGCACGUCUAGUGUCACGCAAGUUUGUACACUUUACGCUAGGGUUUUAACUAGUGUCACGAAACUCAGUAAGUACACUUCUCUAAGGCAGUUCAACUACGCUAGUGUUAUGCUAGUGUCACGCAAGGCUAGUGUGACUAGUGUCUCACAAGUCAGUACACCUCUCCUAGGCUAGGGUUCAGACUAGUGUGAUGCAAGGCAUCUCUCCUACGCUAGAGCUGUGGCUUAUGUCACGCAAGGUAUUUCCUACGCUAAAGCUGUGACUAGUAUAACGCAAGGUAUCUCUCCUAAACUAGGGCCGUCACUAUUGUCACUCAUGGAAGUGCCCUUACGCUUUAACCAAUAGAGUUUGAUCUACAUCCAUGUAAGUUAUUGAGCAUUCUCUACAAAGGCUGGCAAAAUCGCCUUUACAGCUAUUGGCGAUAGGAGAAAUAUACAAAUACAGAUCUAUAAGGCUUCUAAGAAAAUAAAGUUCCAAUAUUUUUAUUAUUUUUA